UGUAAUUCGGAUAUUUCAAGAAUACCAUUUCCGGCUUCUCCAUUAUUUCGUCAAUGUCGACGAUGGUUCACGGCCAUGGCUUAUCGCGUGGUGGUUAGCCGCAAACCGAUGGCAGAUACUGUGAUCACGUGGAGAUAAAAAAAUUCAAAUCACGUGCACACAUCUCAUCCUGCAGCAGCUCUCACCAAAGCUUUCAGGCAGGGCGCGUCAAGGCCACUUCCCUCACUCAAAGCGCGCGCGCAACAUGUCAAACAUGGCCGAAUCUCAAUCAGACCAAAGCGACAAUGAGAUUCAUGAUGAUCGCGCUCACAGCGAACAAGAAGAUUCCAGCGAAAAUGAAUCCGGCGAUGAAUCCUCCGAGUCUGAUGACGAUUCCGACGGUGGAGGCUUGCUCGAUACCAUGGCCGCUGAUGGCAGCGAAGAAGAGUCAAGCGACGAAGAUGACGAAAUUUAUCACCGCAACGACUUGACGCAAGACUCGUAUCUCGAAUCGUUCCCCCAGUUUGGUCGCCUGCCUAGUGAGUUGCGCAACACCAUCUGGGAGUUCUUCUGUCCUGAACUUUGCGCUCGGUAUCGCGUGCUCGACUUCCAAAUCUCAUAUGGAACCGCCCGACAUCCCGACUCAGCAAGUUCCUUCGUAUGGACUGUACGCGACGGUAUUGCUCUCGGUGAUCAAACAAAGAACCUCCGCACUGUGUUUGCCGUUCACAAAGAAUCGCGCGCUCUGGCCACCAACGCCUUCCCCGAUUCUCUCAGCAUGGAUGCUGGAUCUGGAGACGCCACUGUUCGCUUCAACCGAAAUUCCGAUGUUGUUCUGAUGAACGGUCUCAUUUACUCGCAUGGGAAGAUGCUUUUCCACCUACCAGGCUUUGCUAGCGAAAUCAAACACUUUGCACUUGGCGGGCCUAACAUCCUUGACGAUCUCAGCGGUCCUGACGUGCCAGGCCUUUUGAGGCAGUUCACCCAGCUGGAGUGCUUCUACGUGAACGUCUCGAGUACGGAUUGCAAGAAGUCGACUUUGGCAUGGUGCACGUCGGAUCUCAUCAACCGCUACCAAACACAGACAUACGAAAAGCAGCCUGGACUCGGAGAAGACUUGCAGUUCUUAUGGUGCUGGCCCGAUUUACAGAGACACCCCGACUUUGCGAGAUUUCAGAUCGACAGGGAUACAUGGGACAACUUACCGGAUCCACUAGGAAGCGAAUUGGAGGCAAGGGGUCUCAAGGCAUGGCCCAUGGUCGCUUUUGAGUAUGAGCGCGGCCUUCGACGAUUUGAGUUACUGCAAACGCUCGGUCCGGACCUCGGCGAUGACAGCUCAGAUGAGGAUGAAGAAGAUGAUGAUGAUGACGGCAACAAUGGUCCCGACCUUGAUCAAUACGAGAGCGAUGGCAUUGACGACGAUGAGAUUGUCGAGACAUACGAUCCUUCAGACGAAGAGGGUAUUUCAUUAGCAAGCGGCUCCCCUCCGCCCGCCCCGCAAGAAAUCUCCGACGAUGAGGAUGACGACGGCGCCGGCGCAAACUUCUCCAGUCCUGAACCCGAGCCAGAGUCAGCGCCUGUACAGCGCGGACGCAAACGACGAGUAGUCUCAGACUCCGAUGAUGAAGAUGAGGAGGACGUGGAACCCACAGCGAAACGCGCCAGGACUCGUGUUGUUGAGUCGGAGGAUGAAGACGAUGGGCCAGACGUACCGCAAGAACAUACACGGCAACGUUCAAGGGCGAUUAUAUCAGAUGAUGAGGAUGAGGACGAUGGCGGCGUGUCGAAAGAGCCUCAUGCAAGCGACUCCUCAAGCGAAGAAAGCGAAGAAGAAAGUGACGAAUCAGACGAUGAAGAUGCGCCGCCCAAGAAACUAUCUCUUGCUGAGAGGCUACGACUCCAUCGACAAGAAAACCCGGUGGACAACGAUUCUGACGAUGCAAGCAGCAGGACUGCUGACGAGGAGAGCGAAGAUGGAGAUGAGGAGCGAAAUCCUUUCAUGAUGGGCAUGGCGGAUGAGUCAGAUGGAGAAGGCGAAGAUGGCUACGACGAAGAUGAUUAUUAAUUCCCUAAC